CAUGAUACAACCAUCUUUAACGGACAAAGCUACCAUCAUUGGCGUUAUUCAUCAUUGAGCCAGGCGCCAUCUCAAAAUACCUGGCAACAUGACAUCCUUCACAUUCGCUCCCCAUCUAGCCCCCUUCAACACCGAUCUUCCCACCUUCUCCGCCACCAAGCCCGGCUUCACCGACUUCGGCGUCGGUGGCUUCAUCUUCUCCGUCCCGCCUCGUGAAGAAACAGCCAGUACAGAGACACCAGAAGCGAAGGUCCUCCUCCUUCAACGCAGCCUCUCCGACUCCUUUGGCGGAUACUGGGAAGGCCCUGGUGGUGGUCUUGACCCGGCUACGGAUCGGACGGUUCUAGAAGGUGCGGCGAGGGAAGUUCUUGAGGAGAGCGGGUUGCAUGUAUCGAGGUUUUUGGAUUUAGUGGCCGUUGAGGAGUGGGCGAGGAUGAAGCUAGAUGGAUUGCAUGUGGUUGCUAAGUUUACGUUUUUGGUCGAGGUUCAUGAGGCUGGUACUAGCAUUGGGGAUGCUACGGAGGGGAUAGGGGAGGUUUCUGGGGGGGCGAUUCAGAAGCGAUGGGAAGAGGGUGUCAAGUUAGCAGAGGGAGAGCAUCAGGAUUACGCGUGGGCGACGGAAGAGGAGGUACGAGAGGGAUUGGAGAAAAGAGGGCCUUAUCGAUUUGUGAACCAGAUGGGAACAAAUCUUCUUAAGGGGUUCGAGAUGGUAACGCAUCUAAACAGUAGGUAGACACAUGUCGUUAUGCUAUUCAAUACAAGUUUAGUCCUCCACCGGAAGAGUACCCUCGGCCUGAAGCUGAAGAGCAACUUCAUCAACAUCCUUCCACACCCGCAACAGAUUGCCUCCAACCACCU